AUGGAAGAAACUACACGCGAACGCCGUCAGAAGACAUUUAAAUGCCAGUCGUGCGGUUUAAAUUGUCCUUACACUUCCUACGGACAGAAACCACCUAAUACCAGAGCCAUUGUUUUGCUGGAAGAAUGCUACGUGACGAAAGACCCAUUUAGUCCUGAUAAAGAGAAGUUUCUCGUUUUGGGUUCGAAAUGCAGCUUGUGUGGAGUCACAGUUUGCGUCGGUUCGGACUGCAGUCUAUUCUACACUAAGAGGUUCUGCCUGCGCUGUGUCAACAAGAAUCUGGAGCAGUUUCCCCACCAGAUUCGGACAGAACUGGCCAAAAAGUCACCGCGAUAG